AUGGACUACCCCAUCAUUCAAUAUGCGGACGACACUCUACUACUCAUGCCUGCUUGCGCAAUGCAAGCAGCAGUCAUUAAAAAGAUUCUGGUUGAUUAUGCUGACUCCAUUGGUCUUAAAAUAAACUUCCACAAAUCAACGCUCAUUCCAAUUAAUGUGGAGGAGGAUCUCACUAACAGAUUAGCAGCCAUCUUUGAAUGCUCGGUUGGUUCGCUGCCAUUCACCUACCUUGGAUUGCCCAUGGGCACGUCGCGGCCCUCUAUCCAUGAGCUCAUGCCCCUGCUCCCUCCAAAGUUGAUUGAAAUGUUGGACAAGAUCAAACGUUGUUGCCUCUGGAUCAAGAAAACCGACCGUGGGGAGAAAUGGAAUUCCCUGGCGGCUUGGGACAUGCCCGGCUCCCCUCGCGCCGCCGGACAUGUCCGCACCGUCGCCGAACGCGUUCACCGCCGCCAGCCACAUCGCCCGGCCAAUCCUCGCGCGCCACCUCAGCUCCAGCCGGCGCCCCGGCCAACCAGAUUCGGCCACGUGGCGCCGUCGCUCCCCACCGCGUCGCGGCCCGCGGAGCCCAUCCGGGGCCCGCGCGAGCCCAUCUGCCGCCGUCGCCCGAGGCGCCCCGCGCCCGAGCGCCUGCCGUGCCAAUCCUCGCGCGCCACCUCAGCUCCAGCCGGCGCCCCGGCCAACCAGAUUCGGCCACGUGGCGCCGUCGCUCCCCACCGCGCCGCGGCCCGCGGAGCCCAUCCGGGGCCCGCGCGAGCCCAUCUGCCGCCGUCGCCCGAGGCGCCCAGCGCCCGAGCGCCUGCCGUGCCCUUCGCCUGCGCCCGCCUCCGCGCCGCCGUUCGCCGCAAUCUCGCCGACCGCCGCCGCCAUCUGCUCAGCCCCGUCGCCGUCUCCGCGAACGCCACCGCCGGCUGCCCCCUCGUCGCCGGCCACCCCGGCGCCUUCCCCGACCCGCCGCUUGGCGUCGCCUCGCCUUCGGAGACCUCGCCGGCCGCCGCAGCCCGGAGAUCGCCGGCGCUCCCCUCCGCGCCGUCCCUACCGAUCCGCGCCUCCCUCGCCGGACCUUCCCCGCCGCCGGUCGUCGCUCUCCGGCGACCUCGCCGGCGUCGGCCGCCGCCCCGCCUCGGAUCCGGUCGGGUGGGAUGA